AUGGGUAUGGGUGCCCAUGCUUUCCCCAGUGAAGAGUAUCAGCGACGAGCUGAAGCUGGAGAAGGAUGCCCUUUCAUGCGCAAGAGGGCAGCUGAUAAGGAGGUACAGAACAAUCCGCUAUACCUGUUCCCGAAGGCUCUGGACCUCUCUAUCCUUGCCCAGCAUGAUUCCAAGACCAAUCCCAUGGACCCUGACUACGAUUACCAUGAAGCACUGAAGACCCUUGAUUUUGAUGCCUUGCACAAAGAUCUGACGGAUCUUAUGACGAAAGAGCAGGGCUGGUGGAAGGCUGACUAUGGUCACUACGGUGGUAUGCUUGUCCGUGUGAGCUGGCAUUCUGCUGGUACCUACCGUGUUCAGGAUGGUCGUGGUGGAUCUGGCCACGGUAACCAACGUUUUGCACCAAUCAACUCUUGGCCAGACAAUGCGAACACAGACAAGGCGCGGCGUAUCCUCUGGCCCAUUAAGAAGAAGUAUGGCAACAAGCUGAGCUGGGCCGAUCUGAUUGCAUAUGCUGGCACAGUGGCCUAUGAAUCUAUGGGCCUUAAGACGUUCGGGUUUGCCUUUGGUCGUCGUGAUAUCUGGGCCCCUGAGACGGACACGUAUUGGGGUAACGAAACCAAGUUCUUGGAGCCAUCGGAGAUGCGCUACAAAAAUACCAAGAAUGCCUCUACACUCGAAAAUCCUCUGGCAGCUGUGCAAUUGGGUUUUAUCUAUGUGAAUCCCGAAGGUGUAGAUGGCCAUCCUAACCCGAAGCGUACGGCCGAUCAGAUCCGUGAGACAUUCAAGCGCAUGGGUAUGAACGACGAGGAGACUGCUGUCCUGAUUGCUGGUGGCCACACGGUCGGCAAGUCGCAUGGUAACAAUGACCGAAGCCUGCUCGGUCCUCCUCCGAUCAACGCGUCUAUCACGGACCAAGGUCUUGGCUGGAUGAUCCCUGGUGUGAAUGGUGGUCGUUACGUUUUGGUGGCAGGUCCUGAGGGUGCUUGGACUACUAACCCAACCAAAUGGGAUGACGGCUAUAUGAGCUUGCUGCUGAAGUACAACUGGACGCUUACUGAGAGUCGUGCUGGUGCGAAGCAGUACUAUGCGCCUGACUUGAAGGAGGAGGAAAAGCCUGCAGAUGUAGAGGAUCCUUCCAUUCGUGUUCAGCCCAUGAUGAUGGACUCUGACAUUGCGCUGAAGGAAGACCCUGUUUACAACAAGUACAUGCACAAGUUCCUGGACGACUUUGAGUACUUCUCAGACACGUUUGCCCGUGCUUGGUUCAAGCUGAUGCACCGGGACAUGGGUCCGAAGGCGAACUAUAAAGGCCCCUACGUCCCGCAAGAAGACUUUCUUUGGCAGGACCCGAUCCCAUCGGGCAAGCACGACUAUGAUGUGAAUGCUCUAAAGACCGCGCUAACCAACAGUGGUCUGAACAUUAGUGACAUGGUCAGCAUUGCAUGGGACAGUGCUCGUACCUACCGUGGCUCGGAUAUGCGUGGUGGUGCGAAUGGCGCCCGAAUCCGUCUUCAGCCUCAGAAGAACUGGGAAGCAAACGAGCCAAAGCGUCUUAAGCGUAUCCUUUCGGUACUGGAGCCCAUUGCCAACAAGACAGGUGCCAGCCUGGCUGACACAAUCGUGCUUGCAGGCAACCUUGGUGUUGAGCAGGCUGCCAAGGCUGCCGGCUUUGACAUCCAAGUUCCUUUCCACCCAGGCCGUGGCGAUGCUACGCAGGAAAACACUGAUGUCGAGACUUUCAGCUACCUGGAGCCUACCGUGGAUGCCAUGACAAACUACAUGCAGAACAUGGACUAUGACAGGCCAGAAGAGUACAUGCUGGACCGCGCACAGCUGCUGAACCUUACGGCUCCAGAGUUGACGGUGCUUGUUGGUGGUAUGCGUGCUCUUGGUGCCAACUACGAAGGCAGCAACUAUGGUGUCUUUACUGACAAGGUGGGCAAGCUAGACAAUAACUUCUUUGUCACGCUCACGGAUAUGGCUUACCGCUGGGAAGAGUCGGGCAAGAAGAACCGUUACAACAUUGUGGAUCGUCAGAGUGGUGAGAAGCGCUACGAGGCGACUCGUCUUGACCUUAUUUUCGGCUCAAACGCCAUUCUUCGUGCUUACUCGGAAGUGUAUGCCCAAGAUGACAGCAAGGAGAAGUUUGUGAAGGACUUUGUUGCAGCCUGGUCCAAAGUAAUGGACGCUGACCGUUUUGACCUUCGUAACUAG